AAUGGAAGAUAUUAGUUUUUCCUCAGUUUCAUUUCAGUGCCUUGAUGAAUUUAAAGCUAAACCGCAUCUCAUUCAUGAAGACCAAAAGGUUCCAGAAUAUAUCAGUGAGAUCCAUGUAAAUAGUUCUAGCAGCAUUGAAGAACAAGACAUAAUUAUUGACUCUAAGAAACAGAGGUUUAAUGGUAUUUCUAACAAUCAAUUGAGGCACUUUAAAAAGAAUGUCUUCAAAAAGUCUUCUAAAAAGCGAAGACCCCGUGGAAAUUACCCACUCCUUGAGUCUCCUGUUGUGCUACAUGCACAUUCAAAUUAUGUCCAAUAUCAGUAUUCAAAACAAAGACAACAAGCACAAAAACCUUCACAGAAACUGAUGCAAAAGCACAGAGAAAAUGAAAGAGUUCGUCACCGUACUUUAAAUGAAUUAAUGAAUAAAUUGUAUAAACAAAUCCCUGGAUAUUCAGAAUAUUCUAAAGGAACUAAGGUAGUGACGAUGCAACGUGCCAUUUGUUAUAUUGUAUACCUGGAGAAGAUGAUCAACCAAGUUUGCAAAGAGCUUAGAGUAACAGUGGACUUAUCCAAAAUGUUCCUAACUGUCAGACUCAGCAGAGAAGAUAUAAGAAGAGCCUUGUGGGGUUAUGAUACAUACGAACAGUGGAAGAAUGAAUGUUCAUCAACUUGUGAUUUGGCUUCAGAUAUAGAAAGUACUUCAAACAACGCCAUGAAACCUUGUUCCACAGUAAUAGACACAGAAGGGAACCAAUUUUCUCCAGAUUUCAACUUCACCUGUGAAACUGAUAAUGACAAUACAUUAAAUAUUUUCCUUCCCAAUGAUGGAUUGAUUGUAGGUACCUAUACAUUUAGUAUUGUGACUCCAACUUGUGAAACAGAACUUAAAAAUCCAGAAUUAAAUUUAGAACAAAAAGUUGUACUUCAUGAUCCUACGUUUGCUGAAUCUGCUCCUGGCGAGGUUAUUACAGUUACUCAAACUCCAUGUUUGAUAUCUGAAUAUAAACUGAAGCACCCAGCUCUUCUUACUGGUGACCCAAUGUUGCCUCAGAUCUUGGAAAAUUUUAAAGGAGUUCAAGAAGGGCAAAAGUUUGAAGCAUCUGAGGAACCUGCAGAGGAGCUCAAAUUUGUCUCUCCUAACACUGUGUCUCCUGUCACUUUUAUGAAAGUUACCAAACAACCAACCAUGCUUUCAAACCCUAGUGAUCUUGGUUCAUUCAAAGAGACAGCAUUGAUAAAUCAAGCAAACUGUGAUUACUCUGAUAGAUAUUCACCAGAUGAUUGUGGGCAACCAUUGAAAUAUAGCUUACAAAGGCAGUUAAGGAGUGCCAUUGUUAAAAAAGAUGAUGAUCAGUUUGAAUCCUAUGAAUGGAAGUUUCAUGAAGUGGCCAAUAUACGACGUCAGAAGAUGGAUCAGGCAUCUAGUGAUAAGGAACCAUUUGACAGUUGUGAAAGUAAAAUGAAAACAGAUAAAAUUGAAUACCUCCCUAAAAUAGAUCACCGGCGAGUUUCCUGGAUGAAUGGUUUUAUGAUGUUCAGUCAGAUGAAUAGGAGAAAAUUUAUUGAUGCUAACCCUGGUGUUCACACUUCUCACAUUAGUAAAAUGAUGGGACACACCUGGAGGAACAUGUCUGAGGAUAAACAAAGACCUUAUAAAGAGAAGGCUCAAAAAUAUGCUCGAAAUAUGCAAGAUGCUCUUCUAAUGAAUACGCCAGAAUCAACAGUUUCAUUUGAAAAUAUACCAUCAUCAGCUACUGAAGAACAUAAAUUAGAUGAAGAAAUUAGCUUCACCAAUGCAGAAUGACCACAGAUCAGUUAUCUGUAUAUCACUAUGAUUUGACCUUACUCAAAUGUGUUAAAAGUUAUAAAUGAAUUGAAAUCUAAUAAAAACAAAACUAAAUGCAAAAAACAAAAAAAAUAUUUAUAUGGGAAAUUAAAUGUUGGAAG